GAGAGCUGUAGCGCAGUAUUUGGAAAGUCAGAGAAAAAAGCUGAGAGUGGCAGAAGAAAGUUGGCACGGUUUAAGAUGCACUACAACCGCAACAAGGAUUAAUGGCAGACCUUCUCGUUCCUGUGAGGAGGAGAGAGCGAGCCGAGCAGGAUGGGAGAAGAGAAGAUGUGCAGGGGGAAGGGGAGUCUUUGACAAAGCAUGCACAUUACUGCUGCCGGGCUGCACAGGUGUAAUAUAGAAGGCAUCUGCACCCACAUUCACAGCCGCAUCAGUUUGACUCUGUAACUCUCUCAUCCUCACUGCUGCCACACAAACACAUGCAGGAUACAUGUAAUCUGUUCACACUCACAUAUACAUGCACACCUUCUGCACAUGCUCUCACUGGAGGCAAACAAAACAAUGCUGGAUCUGGAUUGUUGAAACCGGGACAUUGGAUACCCCUCUUUUUCCUCUCUGAGGACUCAUCCUGAGGACAGGACAGGACAGGACAGGACAGGACAGGACAGGACGGAGCAGGACGGAUCUGAGUUUUAAACGUAAAGACCAGCACCUCCUCAUCCUCAUCGGAGACCUGGAUAAGAAAACUACCCGACCCUCUUAAGGUGGACGGGGUACAUUAAAAAUACAUGUCCCAAAGGAGCGCUGCCGUGGCAAACAGUAAACCCAUAAAUCAACACAGGAGGACUUGGAUUUCUUCAUUAUCGCCUCCUACAGCAACAACAGAGGAAAAGGCAUGUCGGCAGGCCCGCUGACCCACCGACGUGCACCAUAGGAUUCUAUUUCUGGAGCCUCAUUGCUUUUACAGAUUAACUGCCCUCAAAUAUGGCCCCAAUCCGUUCAUUGCGGCACUAGUUUGACUGCAGCCGGAGGUUGUGCAUAUUCAAGCUUCAAAACACCCCGCUGUGCGUCAGUCCAGUCAUCUGAAGGGUCCGCUGCCUUUGGCCUGUUUUUGAAGGCAGUGUCAAUGCACUUUUUUUUUUUCCCCCUCCCAACUCCUGCAGAGGAACAAACAUACGCCUGUAUGUCAUGACAGCUUAAAAGUCUUUUUUUAAAAUUCUCAUUGCCCAUUUCCAUCCAGAACUGUUUUUACCCUUGAAGGGAAAGAUUGACAUCCAAAGCUUUCACACUAAUACCAUGACACUGUGCUUAGAUUAAGACUUCAUAUUUUAUUGCAAGAGACAUUUUCCAUGAGUUCCUGAGGGCAAAUCACACUAAAAUCCCAUUGCCCAGUGUUUUCAUUAGCCUGUCUGGGGCUAAUCAAGGUCCUCCAUCAUCAGAACUGACAUUUUCAUAUUGUAUGAGCGAGAAAAGUAGCCGACAUUAGCAUAUUCAUGAACACUGAGACGCUCAAUCAUGUGAAAUGGAAGACAUGGGCCAAACCCUGAGCCAUCAAGGUCUGAAACAAAUCGCUUAUGACAUGUGAGGAAAAGAGGAUCUUGAAUCCUUCAGCACAGCAUCCCAUACCCUACAGGAGACGGCUACCACUGGCACAUUAAGGAUAUUUCACUCUAACAUUAACCUGGCAUGUGUUGUUUGCCUCUGGAAUCAGGCCUAUAAUAAGAGAAAAAUUAAAGAAUUGGAUUAAAGAUGGAUUAUCACUGAAACACUAAAGCCAGCAAAGCAGCUGCCUUUGCAUAAACCCAUCGUACGCUCUCCAGGGAGACGCUGCUGCAGACUGAUUUGUAGAUUACAUUUGGUUGUUGAUGUGGUGGCCUUUCGUGUGCUUGGUAUUAAAAGAGCGGGAUGGAGAAUCUAGAUGAGCUGGAGCACCCUCUUCUGGGAGAAAGCCCCGAUAACAGCCAAGCAUCAAAGCCGGGGCAAGGGCCCGGACCUGGACAGGCCCCUGGUGGGCUGUUUAAGGGAAUCUUGGUUAAGUGUGAGGAAGACAGAGCCUACCCUCCUUUAACGUGGAGGAACUAUUGUGGACAUCCUCCUGAGCUUCAGCAGCAACAGCUACUGGAUCCCUGCUCAUUACCUCGCACACUGGAGUCUUUCUACCCACCGCCCCCCAUCUGGGGCCACGCAGACUCCCUGCUCAGCAAGGACUACCUGGAGACCACCUUUGUGGACAUUCGGCCCGGCUCUACGCUGGAGAGGAAGCUUCUGGCUGAGACGCAGGACUUCCACAGCAUGUCCUACAGCAUGGAUGAUGAAGACGACCUGCUUCCUGACUCUGACGACUCAUCCAUUGAUGACUUUAGUGAUACAGACAGUGAGAACAACUUCCCUCUGAUGAUCCCUCAGGACUACUUGGGUCUGGCUUUUUUCUCCAUGCUCUGCUGCUUCUGGCCCCUGGGCAUCGCUGCCUUCUACCUUUCACAGAAGACGAACAAGGCGUCCGCUCAGGGGGAUUUUCAAGGGGCCAACGCAGCAUCUCGCCAGGCUCUGUGGCUCUCAGUUCUCUCCAUCGUGUUUGGAAUCAUAACGUACAUCUGCGCCAUCGCUGCGCUGAUUUCCUACCUGUCUGGCAAACCGCCAUAAAAGUGAGCUCUUGCACAAAGAAUAAACACAGACCUCUCACGCAUUCUCAUGAAUAUCAACACACGCCGACAUACAGUAUCACCUGUAAAUGUUAAAAAAUCAUCACAGUCUUUCGUCCGUCGACCCUGUCUGCAGUCAUGUUUUAUCUACACCGAGCUGGAAAAAGCAAAGACCGGACAGUGAAAACACAACAGAGAGAUCUUAGUCACUUCUAAUUGGAUUAGGACAUAAUUCAGCUCAGAGGACGUUCCUCGCACGCAUAGAAGAAUAAUUGAAAAAGGAAGUUAUUCAGUAUCACUCUGUGUAGGACAUUUGGUCUGUAAAUGUGAUUUAUUUUGUCAUCCUUUGAUUCUGUGCUGUAGUCGUCAUCACAUGUUAAGCAUUACAAAAGUUAUAAGAGACUGGGACAACAAAUGCAGACACAGAACACUGAAGUUAUCACUGUCACAAAAGCAACAGAUGGAUAAUGAGAAGUAGAGAGAGAGACGACGUCUACCUGGGAGGAGGAAAGUUAAGGGGGACAGCGUACGUCGAUGGGAGUCUGCAGAUUUAUGAGAAGGUCACAGCAGCUGCUAAUACCUGAUGGACCUCGCUGUGGGGGGCGGGGCCUGAGCCAGCACAAGGUGAAAGCUGGUGAUGGCUCCGGGGGCCCCCAGAGCUUUAUUUUUAAAAACAUACGGAGGGGGCCGGAAACUCCUGGCGGGAGCAAGAGCACCACUGGGAACCACCACACAUGUACAUUGAUCAACCCGUCCUGCUUUCAAGACAACACAUUCAGCAUCACUCCUCGUUUACCUGCAGAGAGGACUAAUUCUGCUUUGUUUAGGCCAAGUUAAGAAGUAUCUUUAUGUUAAAAUACUCAAAAAAAAGAGAGAAAUACAUAUAAUGCCAUUAUAUGAGAAAAUAAAUAAAAAUGAGAAGUUUUAAAUGAAAUGCAAGGUGAUGUGAGAUACUGGCUCUAGAUAAAGAAGGGAAUGAUGACAUAGACAGAAGGGUGCAGACUUGCAAGAGAAAGAGCCAAAAACAUGGAAGAAACUCAGAGGAUGAUCCUUUUAUGAGCUAUUCCAUUAAUAGAAACACGUGGAUCGCUGCUCCACGCUCUCCAAAUAUAGAUUCUAUUUUCUCCUCCAAAAAAAGAGGACUUCAGGAACUCGCUUCUCGCAGUAUGACAAACUUGAAAAUGAAGUUGUCUACUCAGUGUAAACAAACACAGUCAACACUUUGUCCAGAUGAGUAAAAGGGGCUAAAAAAAAAAAAAAAAAAAAAAAAAAGUAGGCUGACAGCUCAUCUUGCACUUAGCCAUUUGAUGCAUGAUUCAGUAAAAUCUCCAUCUCGGUCACAACGGAAACCUGCAUGGCGAGUUUGCAGUGUGUCAUAUACUGUACAAACCUGCUCCAAGCUUCAAACACUCCCUUCAUUUGGUCCCCAAUAAUUGCAAGAAUAGCUGUGAUAGAAAAAAAAAAAAAAAAAAACCUCUGGCCAUAUUGGUUUGAGCUUAAAUGUGCCAUUUAACUAAGGUGAAAGUCAUCAUUUUCUAUUUCGAUGUAUAGUUUUUAUAGACUCCACACAGAUGAAUUACAAAUAACUCAAAUACUUUGUUUUCCAAAAAAAACAAACCCAGUGUUGUAUCAAGACUGAGCUGAUAAUUAUUGUCACUAUACAUAAAUGGUACACGUAGGCACACCUGUGAUAUCUCAGCGUCUAAACCUCGUCAGCUUUCACCGUUGAUGUGCUGUGAUACAGUUCAGACAAUCCUAAAUCUUCUGUCUCCACUGGACAUUAUGUGUCAAUGAAAAAUAAAAAAAAAUGACCCUUUGUAGUUACAGAUGAGUUACCACAAUUAGUGAUUUAUAUGGAAGCAUUUAAUGUAGUUCGUCUUGACUGAUCACUGUUAUAAGACGGACCCUGGUCAGAUUUGUCUCACUUUCUAUCACUUGUAUAGACAACCAGCGGACGCAGCGAAGCGGACGACUCGCGCGGGUCGAUGAAGGUUAAAGGUCGUGGCGAAUGAGAUUUAUUAGUACAGGAGAUAUUAUGUACUUUCUCAGUUCACGUUCUUGUAUUACAUGUGUAUAUUAAACUGAAGGAAAAAUCAAUGAAUCCCAAUAAAUGCACUUUGUUUGACAUUCAUGUUUCUUCUUUUCGUUUUGCACUCAGCCACACACACA